AUGAGGGACGUGAUCAACCAUGGUUAUGGUUCCUCAGAAAAAAUGUUGCCGAUGCGUUUAACCAUGAUCCCAGCCUUUCUUACCAUGCUCAUUUUUCUUUUUCCUCUCAUAUUGAUCAAAUGGAAAUUCCAUGGAAAAAGCUGCAAGCAAACUCCAGCACUCCCACCGGGCCCAACUCCGUGGCCAAUAGUCGGAAACCUCCCAGAAAUGUGGAGGAAUAAGCCCGCAUUUCGGUGGAUACAUGGCCUUCUGGAAUCACUCAAUACGGAGAUCGCUUGUAUACGUCUAGGAGGUGUUCAUGUUAUUCCGGUAACUUCACCGGAACUUGCCCGGGAGUUCUUGAAAAAGCACGAUAUCGUGUUUGCAUCAAGACCUCUUUUUUUGUCGAAUAAAUAUGCUAGUCGCGGCUUUAAGUCGACAGUUUUGGUGCCGUGGGGAGAUCAAUAUAAGAAGAUGAAAAAGUUGGUGGCUUCUCAGAUAAUCAACUCAAAAACAACUCAGUGGCUACUCAAUAAGAGGACCGAAGAAGCUAAUAAUCUUGUUCGUUUCAUUUAUAAUCAAUGUAAGAAUGCUGCGAUUGAUCAUAGCCUUGCUGAUGAUCAGUCAAUUAGUGGUUCACUUGUGGACGUGAGACUUGCUACACGUCAUUACUGUGGAAAUGUCAUUGGGAAGAUGAUAUUCAACAGAAGGUACUUUGGCAAAGGAAAGAAGGAUGGAGGACCUGGAGUUGAGGAAGUAGAACACAUUGAAUCACUUUUCACCAUACUCAUCCAUCUUAGUGCAUUUGCUUUAUCAGAUUACUUGCCAUGCUUAACAGCACUAGAUUUAGAUGGUCAUGGGAAGAUUGUAAGUGAGGCUAUGAAGAUCGUUACUAGUUAUGAAGAUCCGAUCGUCGAUGACAGACUACGGCAAUGGAGAGACGAGGAGAAGACGGAGGCCGAGGACUUGCUCGACGCUUUCAUUUUGGCAAAGGAUUCGAAUGGGAAAGCAGCUUUUUCAGUGGAAGAGAUCCAAGCUCAAAUCACAGAACUGAUGCUUGCAACAGUGGAUAAUCCUUCCAACUGCAUAGAGUGGACACUAGCAGAAAUGCUCAACCAACCAGAGCUCCUACAAAAAGCUGUAGAAGAAAUUGACAGGGUGGUUGGAAAGAAGAGAUGGGUUGAAGAAUCCGAUAUUCCACAGCUCAAUUAUGUGAAGGCUUGUGCAAGGGAAGGUUUCCGGCUUCACCCAGUUGCACCCUUUAACGUCCCUCAUGUCUCAAUGCAAGACGCGACUGUGGCUGGCUAUUUCUUCCCGAAAGGAAGUCAUGUCAUCUUGAGCCGAUAUGGUCUCGGCCGCAACCCUCGCGUCUGGAAAGAACCCUUUAGGUUCAAACCAGAUCGGCAUCUGAAGAAGGAGGAUGGAUCAUCAAUGGCCGAUGAUCGGGAGGUGGAACUUGCAGAGCAUGAGCUGCGCUUCAUUUCGUUCAGUACGGGAAGGCGAGGUUGCAUGGGCAUCGCGCUCGGCUCUGCCAUGACUAUGAUGCUUUUGGCAAGGCUUCUUCAAGGAUUUUCCUGGAGUUUGCCGCCGAACCAAGAGGAGAUUGACCUCUCUGAGUCCGCGAAUGAACUUUUCAUGGCCAAACCCUUACUUGCACAUGCAAAGCCACGUUUGGCAGCUUCACUUUAUCCUGCUGAAGAAUAA